ACCAUAACGUUGAGUAUUAAUAGAAUUAGAUUGGCCUAGGGAUGACGCUUUCAUGACCGUGUGGUCAAUUUUACUCAAAUCAAAGCUAUAAACAAUGCACCAAGAAAGUUUCACUUUCCAGGCGAAGAAGAAAAAUAACUCAAACCUAUCCAAAAAAGUACUAAUAAUUAACAAAAUUGAAUCUCUUUGAUUUUUUCUGGAUUUCUUUUAUAUGGAUUGGCUUGGUUCUGAUUUUGAUUUUGAUUUGGAAUAUUUGUAAAAUCAGACUGAUCGAAAUUGAAUCAAUAUUUUUAAUACACAUGCAUUAUAAUUAUUAUUUUGGAUAGAGAAAUACACAUACAUUAUUAUUUUAUGAUACUGAGUUUUACAUGUUGUGUUAUGAGAACCAAAAACUGGUCUAUGAAAAUGUAGAUGCUCAGCUGUCAUGUCUAUUGGGUUGUUGGGAAUAGCUCUAAUGUAAUUUUGCGAGCAGAAUACUGUACUUAAUAUAAAUUCCUUUAAGAUUCAAACUGAAAUGAGUGGCAAGAUGAUGAUCCUUACUAUGUAUUUUAAAAAUCAUUGUUUUGUUGCUCACAUCAUAAACUUGUAAUCUUGUGCUUCACUAUUCCAUUUGGGCUACAUUUUCUUGUAUCUAUAUGGUAACUUUUUUUUUUUUCUUCCAUACAGGAACCUAUAUUGACAAGAAGUGCCCCUUCACUGGCAAUGUUUCCAUCCGGGGUCGUAUCUUAGCCGGUACUUGUCACAGUGCUAAGAUGUCAAGGACCAUUAUUGUUAGGAGGAAUUAUCUUCAUUUUAUUAAGAAAUACCAGAGAUAUGAAAAGCGUCAUUCAAAUAUUCCAGCACACAUAUCACCUUGUUUCCGUGUUAAGGAAGGAGAUCAUGUUAUUAUUGGCCAAUGCAGGCCAAUCUCGAAGACGGUGAGGUUCAAUGUGUUGAAAGUGAUCCCAGGUGGAUCCUCUAGCGGUGCAAAGAAGGGUUUUACUGGAAUGUGAGAUUUGAAUUUUUAGUUCUCACUGAAGGGUAGUGUUACCUUGCAAGUUAGUUGAAGCCUCUGUUCAAAUACAUCAAGGUUGAGUUAAAGAUUAAAUCAAUUUUUGAUAUCUUCUAAUACUUUUCCAUCCUUUGAGUGGUUAUAUGUUACGGACUUUAAUUGUUGAAUAGUAGUUGCAGUUAUUUCUGUUUUCA